AUGUGGAAAUCGAUUCUCAUUCCCGCAGUGCUCCAGUGCCUGGGAUCCUGCUUCGCGAAGACGGUGACAUAUGACUUCAAUGUUUCUUGGGUCACAGCAAACCCCGACGGACUCUAUGACCGCAAGGUGGUUGGCAUCAAUGGUCAAUGGCCCCUACCCGUCAUCGAGGUUGAUAAGGGCGACCGACUGGUGGUGAAUAUGUACAACGGCCUUGGUGACAAGAACACUUCUAUCCACUUCCAUGGGAUGUUCCAGAACACCACAAACGGGAUGGACGGCCCCUCGAUGGUGACGCAGUGCCCUGUACCACCUGGAGCCGCUAUCACGUAUAACUUCACUGUCAACCAGAAUGGUACCUACUGGUACCACUGCCAUACUGAUUAUUGCUAUCCUGAUGGAUAUCGGCAGGCAUUGAUUGUCCACGAUAAAUCUUCAUACUUCUACAACGACUACGACGACGAAAUCUUCAUAACCAUGAGUGAUUGGUACCACUAUAUGGCAGAGAACAUAAAGGGAUCUUUCAUGUCACUAUAUAAUCCAACUGGGGCGGAGCCCAUUCCGAACGCCUUUCUCUUCAACGACACUAUGAACUCUAGUGUCCCAGUUGAGGCGGGGAAGACAUACCUGCUACGUCUGAUCAAUAUUGGCGCCUUCGUGGCCCAGUACUUUUACAUCGAGGACCACAAAUUACGCAUUGUUGAAAUUGAUGGGGUUUACGUCGAUGAGGCGGAAGCGGACACCCUUUAUAUUGCUGUCGCACAGCGAUAUUCCGUCCUCGUCACGAUGAAAAACAGCACAGAGCGCAACUACGGUAUGGUGACGGUGGCCGAUUCAGUGCUCCUCGAUACAAUUCCGUCCGAUCUCAGGCUAAACCAGACAAAUUGGCUUGAAUACAAUGCUGAUGCCCCGCAUGAUCAGGUUGCAAUGACGGUUAGCGUUGUGUCAGACCUAAAUCCACUUGAUGACAUCACACUAGUACCGCAUGAUCGCCAGGAGCUUUUGACAAAUCCAUCAAAACGGAUUGAAGUAUCAGUCAUUGCGCAGGACCUAGGCAAUGGCCAGAGCUAUAUGCUGUUAAACAACCUUAGCUACACUGCUCCUAGAGUGCCUACGUUAUAUACGGUUCUAUCCGCAGGGGAUCAAGCAACGGACGCUAUGGUGUAUGGUGACUACACACAUUCGCUUGUUCUAAACCAUCUUGACAUUGUCGAAAUAGUUCUGAGUAACCUCGAUACCGGUACUCACCCUUUUCAUAUGCACGGUCACCAAUUUCAACUUCUCGAUCGUGUCCCUUCCUUCGGCCCUAAUUUCUAUGAUUAUUCUGAUGGAACAGCCUUUGCUACCUACAACGCCUCUAACCAGACUUCGUUCCCUGCAUACCCAGCGCGCCGCGACACAUUCGUGCUCCCGCCUGGUGGAUAUUAUGUGAUUCGUUUUGUCGCCAAUAACCCCGGCGUCUGGAUGUUCCACUGCCACAUCGACUGGCAUUUAGCCCAAGGCCUUGCAUUGACUCUCGUCGAAGCUCCACUACAAAUUCAAGAGCGCGUCUCCAUUCCUGAAGACCACUACCAGGUCUGUAAAGCGGCCGGCGUCGCGUAUGAGGGCAACGCUGCCGCAAACACAAGAGACUAUCUUGACCUGGCAGGGCAAAACACGCCUCCCGGGUUUUUGCCACCAGGGUUUACAACGCGCGGUAUUAUCGCACUGGUGUUCUCGUGCAUUGCUGCGAUAGUGGGCAUGUGCUUUAUUUCUGCUUAUGGUAUCUCAGAUUUGAAGUUUACGUUGACAGAAUCGGGAAUGGAAGAUGAGGACAGUCCGGUGGAACUAGCAACGGGGUCAGUUCAGCAGAGCCAUGAUUAA